AUGCUAAAGCAACAUCUUUCCCUCCUCGUGGUUCUAGUAGCUGCUGAUCAAUUCUUACUGGAUCUCUCCCAGGAUACCGCUAUUAUGAAACAAGGCAGCAUUUGUUAUUUCUGGAGACUUAACAACCAUGAAAUUGAAUCCGUUCAAAACCCUACUGGAAUUCAUGAAAUUGAGACUAAAUUUCAGCACCUGGUCAGUGUUCAUACAAAAUUUGGAGACAUAGCUGACAUUACUGUAUAUUCAAAAGCCGUUCAAAAUCUCUGCAACGGUGAUACUUUAAAAUCUUAUUCUCAUCACAAAUAAA